AUGUUUUAUUUUUUUAAUAUUUAUGUAAUAGCGACACUUUAAAUUUUCUUUCAUCCAUAUCCACGGUUUUGGGCUUUAAUAUUUUAUAGAUUUUUUGUUUUUUUGGAUGAAUUAUUACAUAUUUCAUUUAGUAGUACUCGUCAAGCUCUCCAUAAUUCUCUCCACGGUCUGAUCAGUAUUCCAUCAAGCUCCUUUGCCUUUUGACAUUGAAAGCAAGGAAUGCCAUACAUGAAAGUGAUGAGAAAACCACCACUAUGUUUUGGAUUGAUCUACUUUGCUUUUAGACAUUGAAAGAAAGAAGCACAGCAAACUAUAUUAAGAUUCAAGAAAUCUAAGGCAAACUUCGGAAAACAGAGUUGGGCACUUUUGCUUCUUUGUUUUCUUCUGUUUUUUCAGCUACUCUCUUUAUUUGAUCCUAGACUUCUAGUGUUGUCACCUUCUCUUAAUUUGCCUUUUUCCUACCAUACCUUGCAUUACUCUUUUGGUAAAAAAAAAAAAAUAAUAAAAUAAAAUAAAAUUAAUGAAGUAGUUUUCCUUGUAUCACUUCCUUUCCCUGAAUUUUAUUCUUUCUGUAGUAGAUUUCUUUAAGUUUCAGUGUCAUUUGGUUUGAUUUUCUAGUUAUAACAUCUUUCUGCUUUUUCCUACAUUCCCGAAAAAGGGGAAAAAAAAAAAAAGUGAAAAAAAAAAAUAUUUCUUUAAUAGAUUUCCUAUUUUAUUGUUGUUCUACCUUUAUGUUUCAACUUUUAUUGAGAAUUUAAUUUGCUGGGGAAAAAAAAAAAAAAAAAAGGACAAAGAAAAAGAAGAAGAUUUAUAUGCUCUGGUUUUGAAGCUGCCUACUCUUCUCAUUUCAUAUAUAGCACACAAAGAAGAUACCAAAGCCUGGUAACUGAGUAUGGAGUGUCUGAUUGCGAUUGGUACUUGGAUUGGUGGGAAAAUAGCUGAUUAUACAGUUGGACCUGUUGGCCAUAAACUGGGAUACAUCUUCCACUGCAAACGCAAUGUAGGAAACCUGCUAACUGAAACUCAAGAUUUGAAUCUUGACAAAACAAGGAUGGAGGAUUUGGUGGAUGUUGCAAGAAGAAAUGGUGAAGAAAUUCAUGACCAUAUUAAGGACUGGCUAAGCAAAGUUGGUGACAUCACCAAAGAAACCGAAAAGCUUUUAGGUGAUGAAAACCACACAAGUGUGAAGUGUACUUUCAGGGAGUCAUUUCAGAAUCUGGUGCAAAGGUAUCACCUAAGUAGGAAAGCCAAAAAGAUGGGCGAGUCUGUUUCCAAAAUCAAAGGUGAGAUCAGGUUUGACAAUAUAUCUUACCGUCCCAGAUUACAGAGUAACUUCCGAAAUAAGGAUUUCAUAAGCUUUGAUACAAGAAAGGAAAUUAUGACGAGAAUCAUGGAGGCGUUGAAGGAUGGUAAUAUCAAAAUGAUUGGGGUAUAUGGCAUGCCUGGUGCUGGCAAAACCACACUCGUAAAAGAAAUUGCUAGAGAGGCCUUAGAAAAGAGGUUAUUCAAUGAUGCGAUUUUGGUUACUGUAUCGCAAACUCCAAAUAUCAAAAUUAUUCAACAAGAAAUUGCAGAGAAACUAGAUCUAAAAGUUGAUAAGGAAAGCAUAUCUGAGCGAGCUGUUUUGCUCCAAAAUAGAUUGAAGAGUGAAGAGAAGUUGCUAAUAAUUCUCGAUGAUGUUUGGAAUAGUGAACUAAACUUUCAGGAUCUUGGGAUACUUAUUGACAGUGAUGAUCAGAAGGGAAGCAAAAUACUAUUAACCUCUAGAUUUGAACGAGUGUUACAUGAUGAUAUGGGUGUUGAAAUUACUUUCCCACUUGAACUCGUUUCAGAAGAUGAAGCUUGGGAUUUGUUUAGCCAUAUAGUGGGCGAUUUGGUAAAAACCGCUGAUUUCCAGCAGCAUGGAAAGGAGAUUGUCAAAGAAUGUGCAUGCCUACCAAUUGCCAUUGUAACAAUUGCACAUGUGCUGAAAAAUCGUGACUUGCCAUUUUGGAGAGAUGCCUUGGGACAAUUACAAAGAUCUAACCUUAAUAUCAAUGGCAUGCAUGAAAAAGUGUACUCUCGAAUCAAACUAUGUUAUGAUUAUUUACAGAAUGAAGAAGCAAAGUUAUUGCUUUUACUUUGUUGUUUGCACAAAGAAGGUACAAGCAAAAACUUGGAGUAUUUGAUGAGAUAUGGUAUAGGUUUGGACAUGUUUAAAGGAGUCCGGACCUUGCAAGAGGCAAAAGACAGACUAUAUAGUUUGGUUGAUGAGCUAAAAGAUCAUUUUUUAUUGUUGGACGAUGAAGAUUCUCGUUCGGUUGAAAUGCACGAUGUCAUUUGUGAUGUUGUCAGAUCAAUUGGAAAGGAAAGUCAUAUGUAUUAUUUUAGAGAUGGCACUGAAGUUGAAGAAAUUCGGAAGAGGAAAACUCUUAAAGAUGCAAGGGCAAUUUCAUUACCUAAUGGUUAUGUCGAUGGGCUCAUUUGUGAAAGUUUUGAAUAUAAACAGCUUGAGAUAAUUUGGAUGUGUAAAAAUAAAUCCUUAGAUAUAAUCCCAAAUAGUUGUUUUGAAAAGACAAAAGAGCUUAGAGUUUUACACUUCUUUAGUCAAAAUUUAGAAGUAUUGCCUUCAUCCUUAUGUUUCUUGCAAAAUCUUCGUACACUCUGUAUGCAUGGUUGUCAACUGGGAGACAUAGCUUUAAUUGGAGAACUCAGAAACUUAGAAAUUCUUGACCUUACGGAGUCCUCCAUAACAGAAUUGCCAAGACAAAUUGGUCAACUUACUCGUUUACGCAUAUUGGAUUUGAGUGAAUGUGAAGGCCUUAUAGUGAUCCAUCCCAAUAUUAUAUCCCACUUGACACGUUUAGAAGGAUUGUAUAUGGGGGAUUUUAAGAAUUGGGAUAAGAAUGUUGGAGUAAAUGGGGAAAUAAGAAAUGCAAGUCUUCUUGAGCUAAAACAUUUGGUUCAGUUGACCAGUUUGCAUUUACAAAUACCUGACAUAAGGAUGCUGCCAAAACCGUUGUUCAGUGAAAAAUUGGAAAGAUAUUUGUUUCUAAUACACCUUGAUGAUGAGGAGGACCAGGAUGAUGACAAUGAUGAUUUUGAUGUCAAUAUCCUCUUUCCUCGAAGCUCACAGUAUGAUGAAAAUAUUGCAAUGCAACAACCAUUAUUUUUAACCAAGUUUUCUUUCCCGAAAUUGGAGAAGUUGAGUCUACUCAGAUUUCAUUUCGUGAAGAUAUGGGAUGAUCCGAUUCUACUUGGUUCUACUUCUUUCCGCCACUUGACAGGAUUGAAAGUUGACAGUUGUGAGUUUCUGAGAAGUCUAUUUUCAUCUGCUGCUAUAGCUGCAAGUUUGAAACAACUCUAUUCCAUUGAAAUAAGACACUGUAGGAUGGUGGAAGAAAUAAUGAGCAGGAAUGAAAAUUUGGACAAGAUUUCAUUCUCUAAACUAAAUAAUCUUUACCUGAUAAAUCUCCCAAACCUUGUGAGAUUCUCGUCUAAUAUUUUUGUUCAGUUUCCACUGUUAACUGAACUUUUCAUUCUAGAUUGCCCUCAAUUUGAGACUUUCAUUUCCAAUUCAGAAGACAACUCAUGCAGCACCAUCCCGUCUCUCUUCGACCAGAAGUUUGUUUCUUCCCCCAAAUUGGAGGUGCUGGAACUUUCAGGUUGUUGGUCCAAGAAGAUCUGGGACGAUCACGUUCUACCAAGGUCUCAAUCUUUCAGUAGUUUAACAAGGUUGAUUGUGGUCAAUUGCGAUAUGAAAAUUUUAUUUUCAUCUGUUAUGGUUAAGAGUUUCGGACAGCUCUGUUCACUUGUGGUAAGAGAUUGUAGGAUUUUGGAAGAAACUAUGGGCGGGAAUGCAAACAUGUAUAAGAUGUCAUUCCCUUACCUAAAUCAUCUAGAGCUAGAAAAUCUUCCGAAUCUUCUUACAUUCUCCUCUUCAAAUUUCAUUGAGUUUCCAAUGUUAACUCAACUUUCUAUUAAGGAUUGCCCAAAAUUUAAGACUUUCAUUUCCAAGUUGGAGGAGAAUUCAUGCACCACCUCCAUUUCAUCUCUCUUCAAUGAAAAGUUUGUUUCUUUUCCUGGAUUGGAGAACUUGGAAUUGCACGGAUGUAAUUUCACUAAGAUAUGGGACGACCAGCUUAUCUUAAGCUCUGCUUCUUUUCGUAAGCUUAGAAAAUUGGUUGUAUACAGGUGUAAGUAUUUGAGAAAUCUAUUUACAUGUGCUGUGGCAGCGAGCUUCGAACAACUAUGUUUUCUUGACAUAAGAUUAUGUGCAGCAAUGGUAGAAAUAAUGAGUAGUAAUGGAAGCAUGGAUAAGAUAUCAUUCCCCAUGCUACAUUCUCUUGCACUAGAAAAACUUCCAGUUCUGGUGACAGUCACCUCUGCAAUUUUCUCUGAGUUUCCACUGUUAACUGAACUUUGCAUCAAGGAUUGUCCUGGAUUUAGCUCUUUCAUUUCUGAGUUGGAUGAGAAUUGGUCCACCAAUGCCAACAUGUUAUCUCCCUUCAAAGAAAAGUUUGUUUCUUUCCCCAACUUGGAGAAGUUGGAACUAUUGGGAUGUCAUUUAAAGAAGACAUGGGCUAUCCAGCUUCAACAUUCUUUUACUUUCUGCAACCUUACAAAAUUGGUUGUAGUGGAGUGCGAAGCUUCAAAAAAUCUAUUUUCAUAUGAUAUGGCAGCAAGUUUUGAACAACUUUGUUUCCUUGAGAUAAGAAAUUGUACAACAGUGGAGGAAAUAAUAAUCAGCAACAAUGAGAGGAUGGAAAAUUUGUCAUUCCCUAAACUAAGUUCUCUGGAGCUAGAAAAUCUUCCAAACCUUGUGACAUUCUCAUCCUCUGAAAUUCCAAUUGAGUUUCCACUGUUAACUGAACUUUCGAUUAGCGAUUGUCCAAAAUUUGAGACUUUUAUUCCCAAGGUAGAGUCUCUCUUUAAUGAGUGUGUUUCUUUCCCCAUAUUGGAGAACUUGAAACUGUUGGGAUGUCAUUUCACCAAGAUAUGGGAUGAUGGCCAGCUUCUAUUGAGCUCUACUUCUCUCUGUAAUUUAAAAGAAAUGUGUUUAGGGAACUGCAAGUUUUUGAAAAAACUAUUUUCUUCUGCUGUGGCGUUGACUUUUGAAGGACUUGAAAACCUUGAAAUAAGAGAUUGUACGAUGAUGGAAGAAAUAAUGAGCAACAAUGAAAUGAUGGAUAAGGUUUCAUUCCCUAAACUGAAAUUUCUGGAGCUAGAAAAUCUUCCAAAUCUCUCCACAUUCUCCUCUGCAAUUUUUGUUGAGUUUCCACUUCUAACUAGUCUUCGCAUUAAUGGCUGCCCUGAAUUCAACUCUUUCAUUUCCAAGCAAGAGAAAACUUUUGCACAAGUACCAUGCAAUCUCUCUUCAACGAAAUGGCCAUGUUUCCCAGCUUAGAAGAAGUGCUGAUUGAAGGCAUGGAUAAGUUGAGGAUGAUAUGGCACCAUAUACUAGCUGAAAAUUCCUUUUGCAAACUGAAAAAUAUAACUGCUCGAAAGUGCAAGAAUCUAAUGAAAAUAAUUCCAUC